CGGCACACACUGGCAGAGGAGCUGGGGCUGGAUAUCAGAGGACCAAGGGGAAAUACUGCAAUAAUCCCUUAAUGUGAUGAAAAUAUAGAAAACGUUUGAACUUUUUUAAUGUCCAGGGAAGUCUGACAUACAGAAGGAGAAAGCACACUUCAGACUGUUUUUUUUUUCUUUCUUGAAAUUGGAAUUAAUAUUUUAUUUCUGUCCAACAGGUGAAUUACUCAAAGAUGUUGCCCCACUUCUCCCUCCUGCUGCUGCUCUGCCUGGCCCGGUUACCCCUCCAAUCCUCAGCCCUACCGUUUGAGCAAAGAGGAUUCUGGGAUUUUGCCAUGGACAGUAUGGACAGUGGCGGGAUGAUGAUGAGGGAUGAGGAAGAAGGCUCAGCCAUAGAGGAGCUUCCCCCACCUGGAAUACCCAUCUGCCCCUUCGGCUGCCACUGUCAGCUCAGGGUGGUCCAGUGCUCUGACUUAGGACUGACUGAGGUUCCAAAGAACAUCCCUCCAGACACCAAGUUCCUGGAUCUGCAGAACAACCGCAUCACCGAGCUUAAAGAGAGUGACUUCAAAGGCCUAUCUAACCUAUAUGCCCUGUCUCUGGUGAAUAACAAGAUCUCCAAAGUCCACCCUAGAGCUUUCAUCCCACUAAAGCACAUGCAGAAACUCUACUUCUCCAGGAAUCUGCUGACCAGUAUCCCCAAGAAUUUGCCUCCCUCUCUGGUUGAGCUGAGGAUCCACGAGAACCGCAUCAAGAAGGUGGAAGAGGGAGCCUUCUCAGGAUUGGGCAACAUGAACUGCAUAGAGAUGGGAGGGAACCCCAUCCCGAACAGUGGCUUUGAGCCUGGAGCCUUCAAGGGUCUGAAACUCAAUUAUCUGCGUAUAUCUGAGGCCAAACUGACUGGGGUACCCAAAGACCUCCCAGACAGUCUCCAUGAGCUCCAUCUGGACCAUAACCAGAUCCAGGCUGUGGAACUGGAGGACCUGAGCCGCUACAAGCAUCUGUAUCGGUUGGGCCUGAGCUUUAACCAUAUCCGUAACUUAGAGAAUGGCAGUCUGGCUUUCCUGCCCAGACUGAGAGAGCUGCAUCUGGACAACAACCGCCUCACUCGUGUCCCUAGAGGCCUGCCAGAUAUGAAAUACCUUCAGGUGGUGUACCUCCAUUCCAACAAUAUCAACCAGGUGGGAGUGGAUGCCUUCUGCCCACGGGGAUUUGGGACGAAGAGGACGUUCUAUAAUGGCAUCAGCCUGUUCGCUAACCCUGUUAAUUACUGGGAGGUGCAACCUGCAACCUUUCGCUGUGUCACCGACCGACUGGCCAUUCAGUUUGGGAACUACAAGAAGUAGAGACAGGGAGAUUGUGGGAGAUGGAGAGAAUGUGGGGAAAGAAAAAAAAAGAAAAUGAUGGAGAUAAUUUAAGCAAUGGGAGGAAUGAGGGAAGGAACUUAAAAAUUGAGGGAAAUUAUUAUUAUUAUAACUAUGUAGACCUAUUUUUUGCCCUUUUUUAGUAAUGGAAAAUGAUGGAGAAGAGGGAAAAGAACAGUUCUGAAACUCAAUGGGAAGUUAAAAAUACCAUUACACAGACUUUGAAGGGAGUAGAAAGCAAUGUGUUUACAGUACUUCAGCUUUAAAGUUUGAAGUUUGGUCAAUGGGACGUGCUACACAGAGGAGAUUAUUUGAAGGGAAUAUUUCCCCCAGUCAAAAUAGAUAGAUGAAACAUAAGUAUUGAAAUCUUAUGAGGCAUUUCAUUUCAUUCCAUUUUUUUUUUUUUUUUUUUUUUUUUUUUACAUGAUAGCGCUUAUUGUGAUAGAGAUCAUUUUUGUUUUAUAAAUCAUGAUGGUGAAGAUUACAGGUCAACAGUAGAAAAGCAAUGCAUUAUACUUUUUUGUAUAGAUAAGAUAAAGUGCUCUGUAUGACUUUCUCAGUGUGCCUCAUUUGGAAGACAUAUUGGAUGGUCCCUGUUUCACCUGUCAAAGCCGUUUGGGGUUUAAUUCUGUGAUCGAAGUGUACUGUAUAUCCAUAAUAAACUAUUAGUCACAGAGUUUGUAUUUCCACCAUUUUCAGUCUGAAGGCAAAAAAACAAACAAACAAA